AUGACUCCACUCCUUCAUAAAGACGUGGCAGAUCGCCGGCCAAAGCUUGACCCGGAGCCAGGAGUUGUCACCCUUGGCGAUCUCACGGAUGACAAGCACAAACAACACUGCAUAUCUGACCACGCUCUCGGUAUGGUGUACGUCGCCAUCCACGGGGGAAGGCUGAGCAAGAAGAAGGCCGAUAUGUUCGAGACCUGCUUUGUGCGGGGCGUGAAAAUCCGCAAACUCCACGUUCCCCAUGGCCGCCCCUGCCUCGAUCCGGAUGGUCGCGCCUUGCUACUCGAUGACAACACGGGUCGUGCUCUGACUGGCGGCGCUGAGAAUGGAAAUGUGCUGACUAGCCAGUAUACCGUUCGCACUGUUAGUAGCCACCCAAGAUAUAAAAAAUGGCUUGGCUAUCUUCUUCACGGGAAACAUUUCGAGCGUGUCAGUGUUGAAGACAACGCCAGAGUUGAAGACGACGACAGUGUUGAAGACAACGCCAGUGAUGUUGCAGAUGCUGGGGGUAGCGACAGCGAGAGCGGGGGGGAUAUACCGCAUGCAGAUUUACAAGAAUUUGGAUUCCAGUAUAUGAAUAGACCAAUGGCCCGUCGCCUAACAAAUCUGCUCAAACCAUACUUGUAA